AUGUUGGGUGUAUUUGCAGUGGCGAGUCCGCCGGGCGGCGCGGGCGCAGCGCGCGAGGAGGCGCCCCGCCCGCCGCCGCCGCCCGCCCCGCGCAACGGCUCUCCCAAACAAGGUGCCCUCACAAUAGUCCGUCGGUCGUCCAGCCGCGGCAAGACAGAGACCUCGCCGCCGACCGACGAGCAGCUGGACCAGCUGGACCUAGACACUGAGCACUUGCCCGCCGUCGACACGCCCGACGCAUGCGAUAAGGCCGCACUCAGAUUACGCUAUCUCCUUAGACAAUUAAACAGAGGUGAAAUCCCAGCAGAAACAUUACAAAAGAACCUACAAUAUGCAGCGAAAGUACUUGAAGCCGUCUACAUCGAUGAGACCAAGGAUAGGAGAGACUCCGAGCAGCCGCGCGUCCAGCCAGCGGCUCUUCACAUGAGGCGUCUCCGCACACCGUGCUGGGCGAGAUGUUCAGUAGACAGACCGAACGAAGCAAAACCGGCCGUGGCGCGACAGCAAUCGGCGCCGACCCUGGUGUUUAGGUGUGUCGAUGUUACCACGAGACUGGCUGAUGAAGACGAUGAGUUAUCGGAAGUACAACCAGAUGCAGUGCCUCCAGAAGUGCGGGAAUGGCUGGCUUCCACCUUCACAAGGCAGCUGGCGACGGCAAAGCGGAAGUCAGAUGAGAAGCCGAAGUUCAGAUCAGUUGCGCACGCGAUCCGAGCGGGGAUAUUCGUGGACAGGAUCUACAGGAGAGUCACGAGCACAGCGCUUAUGCAGUUCCCUCAAGAUGUCGUUAGAGUUCUUAAAACACUAGACGAAUGGUCAUUUGACGUGUUCGCCCUGCACGAGGCAUCGGCUGGACAGCCGGUCAAAUAUUUAGGAUACGAGCUACUCAACAGAUAUGGAAUGAUACACAAAUUCAAGGUGCCGCCGACGAUUCUCGAGAACUUUCUGAGUCGGAUAGAAGAAGGCUACUGCAAGUUCCACAACCCCUACCACAAUAAUCUCCACGCUGCUGAUGUGUCGCAAACCGUACAUUAUAUGCUGUGCCAAACUGGACUCAUGAACUGGCUGUCUGACCUGGAGAUCUUCGCAACGCUGGUAGCGGCGGUCGUCCACGACUUCGAGCACACAGGCACUACGAACAACUUCCACGUGAUGUCAGGCUCUGAUACCGCUCUGCUCUACAAUGAUAGAGCUGUACUCGAGAAUCAUCACAUAAGCGCUGCUUUUAGGUUAAUACGUGACGAAGACUGCAACAUACUCCAGAACCUAUCCCGGGACGAGUUCCGAGAGUUCCGCACCCUCGUCAUCGACAUGGUGCUGGCUACGGAUAUGUCCUUCCACUUCCAGCAGCUGAAAAAUAUGAGAUCAUUGUUGUCUCUCGCGGAACCAGGAAUUGACAAGUCCAAAGCCGCGUCAUUGGUGCUGCAUUGCUGUGAUAUAUCACAUCCAGCAAAGAGAUGGGAUCUCCACCAUAGAUGGACAAUGAGUCUGCUAGAUGAAUUCUUCCUCCAAGGUGACAAAGAGAGAGAAUUAGGACUUCCAUUCAGUCCACUCUGUGACAGAAACAACACCCUGGUGGCGGAAUCUCAGAUCGGAUUCAUAGACUUCAUCGUGGAGCCCAGUAUGGGAGUUUGUGCUGACAUGUUGGAGUGCAUACUGGGACCCUUGCAUUCGAGCUCGAAGAAUUCAACAAGCACUUCUGGUCAAGAACCUAUCAAUGAAGAGAGCACAGGUGCUGAAACGCACAAAAAAUUCAAAAUCAAGAAACCCUGGGUAGCCUGCUUGACGGAUAACAAGAAGAUAUGGAAGGAGCAAGCUGCAAAAGACGCCGAAGCUCGGGCCAAGUUGGAAGAGGAGGAGACGAACGGUUCCUCACCUCCAACGGAAGAAUAAUAUUUAGCCACAUUUGUAAAUACCGUGAGGACUAGUUGCUACAAUAUGUUUCAGACGUUGAUGAAAAAAGGCUAAGCAAAGCCUGGCUAUGAACUUUUCGCUAUGACCGCUAGCGGCGCGGUGCGGCGAGCGGCAAAGACUUAAUGUAAAGCUCAAAGACGAUAAAUAUGCGUCCAUAAGACGACAGGUUUUGCCGUCAGUGUUGUUAAUAGCUUUGACGUCUUUGGCUUAGCCUAGUCUCGUGAAUUCUGUGAAUCAUGAGUGAUGAACACAGUAACUACCCAAAUGUUUGUUAUACAUAAACGUCAGUCAUCGCAUUAGACGAGUAGUUUAUCAGUCAGUCAAAGCAGUGACUGUGGCAACAUAGACCCAAACCCUUUCGUUUAAUCACUAAUGGAUGCCUAUGAAACAACAUCAGGCUGCUGCCGGCAUUCGCGCCACUCAUUUCAUAGGGUACUUUAUACUCGCCUAUGUACGAGUACGUACCUGUAUUUUUUUAAUGAGGCAACCGCGCGCCGCUUCGCUCACCGCUAGACUAAAAGCCGUGCGUAUUCGCUUAGCGCUAAUAUUGUGUUGUUUGCACAAUUUAAGGUCUGAAGACUGUUUCUUCUUUAAGUGGGUCAACUCUCAAAUAGAGUUGAGAGUUUAAGCAUAACUACAGAAUUCUAAAUAUAUAAAGGAAAUGGUAUUUGCUAUCAUAAUAAUAUUAUAUCGAAAUAGUAUGUCGCCGAUUUUCAGCCACCUAAAUAUAAAGCACGAAAGCACAUUAUAAUAUCUCUAGUAUCCAAAUCAACAAAAUUCAAUAUGCGAAUACAUCGUUUUUCAUGCAGUAUUGUUUCAUUAAACAAUUGCGGAGUGUCUCACUCACUGUCUUUUGCCACUUUCUAUUUUGAAUUCUGUGGGUAUGUAAAUUAGAACGGACUGACAAAAAAAUAAAAAGGAGAAACAGAAUAUCGUGAGAAACCUUAAUAAAUUAAGCACAAUAUAAGCCUGAUGUAUAAAUUCUCUAUGUGGAAGACAACGUAGUGAGUUUUAUUCGAAGAGGCGAUGCACCGUGGAUCGGUAACGCCUGUAGUGUAAAUAUUAAGUAGCUUUUAACUUAUUCUUUGCUGUUAGUUUCAGUUAAGUACAACUUCGAGCAGGUCUCGAAUAUUAAUAUAGUACAUUUAUUACUUUGUAAGUAGAGUUUAGUCUUAUUGUUUUAUAUAUAUUUGUUUGUCAUCUUCUUAUUUUGCUAUUAAACUGUAAUGUUUUGUGAUUAACAUAAUAUUUCUUAUUAUUUCAAUUUACUUAUUCAAAUUUAAGAUUUACGAACUCUUAAAUUUUGAUUGGAUCAAAAUAUUCCAUUCCGGUUCAUUCCAACACUAAACUGGCGUCGUUCACACGUUGUUUUUAACCUUUAAGGCUGCGGAUACACCUGUAAGUUUUACUCACGUAAGUAACUUACAUGAUUAACUUACGACAAAUUUACCUAAUAAUGUGAACAAAUUUAUAAGUACCUACCUACAUUUCCAUUUAUACAUUUUUUGUCAAUUUAUUACGUAAGCUAGGUACUUACGUGAGUUAAAUUGACAUGUGUAACCGUGGCCUUACAGACUGAACUCAGUAAUGCCUACCCACUGUACUGAAAUUGAGGCGUCUUUUGUUUAUAAAUACAUAUAUAAUACCUAAUAAGUAUGAUGGCUCAACUCACGCGUUUGUUGGAGUAUGCCAUUAAUCAAUGCACAUCUGCUAGUUGCACGGGCUGCUCACGCAAGGCAUACGUGUUUAUACUGAAUAAGGGCCGGGGCACAUAUGGCGGAGCGCAGCGCAGAGCAUUUUUCACAGUCAAAAUAUUA